AUGAAAGUUAGCAGGCAGAAUGUUUGGGAAGAAUCCCUUAUCAAGCUAGGAAGAGCAAAAGAGGAUGUAUGCAAACCUAUAAAGGUUCAAUUCAUCGGAGAACCAGCUGUAGAUCAAAGUGGGCCAUUACGGGAAUAUUUUGGGCUGGUAAAUUCUGCUGCUCAAGAAAGGUUGAUGUCACAAUCUGUUUUUAAACACAAUAUCUCAGCCUUACAACAAAGGGAGUAUUAUGCAUUUGGACAGCUUACUGCCCUUGGCCUAUUACAAGGAUCUCCAGGCCCUAGAUAUUUCUCUAGGAUUGUAGUUGAUUACAUUUUGACAGGAAAUAUUGAAGACCUGAUGCCAUCUAUUGCUGAAAUCCCAAAUCAUGACAUAAAGACCAGUCUUAUUGAAUUGGAGGAACUCUCAAAUCAGUCAACUGCUGAUGAAUUCAGAGAAAAAGCAAGCUUUGAAAGUGGAUUCCGAUUUGAAUCAGGCUACACAAAGCCAUUUGUGACGAUGUCUGAUAAAGAUGAGUUUCUCAGAUGCAUUGCACUUCACUACAUGUGCUUGUGCCAUUGA